AUGCCAGGUUAUGCCAAGUUUAUGAAGGAUCUUAUCACAAAGAAGAAAAUGGUAAGCUUUGAGCCGACUAAUAACUUGCCUCAUUGUAGUGCAAUCGCUACUCGCUUCCUUGUGCAAAAGAAAGAAGACCCAUGCACAUUCACCAUACUAUGUACCAUUGGGGUAUUCAACUUUGCAAAAGCAUUGUACGACUUGGGUGCUAGCAUUAACUUUAUGCCGCUCGCAGUGGUCCUACAAUUAGGCUUGAAAGCCCCCAAAUCGAUGUCAAUGUGGCUCUUGUUGAUAGAUCGUACUGUGAAGAAGCCCGUGGGCAUUAUUUCUGAUGUUACAGUGAAGAUUGAAUCAUUCAUAUUCCCUGCUGACUUCGUCAUUCUUCACUGCGAAGUAAACUUUGAUGUUCCUAUCAUUCUGGGUAUAUCAUUCUUGGCAACCAAACGUGCUUUGGUAGACAUAGAAAUGGGCUAA